UCACCUGCCGCCAUUAUGAACAUCCGUAAUGCUCGGCCAGAUGAUCUCAUGAACAUGCAACACUGCAACCUCCUUUGCCUUCCUGAGAACUACCAGAUGAAAUACUAUUUCUACCAUGGCCUUUCCUGGCCCCAGCUCUCCUAUAUUGCUGAGGAUGAAGAUGGGAAGAUAGUGGGCUAUGUUCUGGCCAAAAUGGAGGAGGACCCAGAUGAUGUCCCCCAUGGACAUAUUACCUCUCUGGCCGUGAAGCGUUCACACCGGCGCCUCGGCUUGGCCCAGAAGCUGAUGGACCAAGCCUCCAGAGCCAUGAUAGAGAACUUCAAUGCCAAGUACGUAUCCCUACAUGUCAGGAAGAGUAACCGGGCAGCCUUGCACCUCUAUUCUAACACCCUCAACUUUCAGGUUAGUGAGGUGGAACCCAAAUACUAUGCAGAUGGCGAAGACGCUUAUGCUAUGAAGCGAGAUCUUUCUCAAAUGGCAGAUGAGCUGAAGCGGCAGCUGGCGCUUAAGAAAUGCGAGUAUGUGGUGCUGGGCUGCACCGAGAAUGAAGUGGAGACCCAGGGCAGCACACUUCCCGGUGCCAAAGAGGCCUGUCAGGUGGAGAAGAGCCCGGUUGCUGAGGAUAGUGGGAGUGACAGCAAGGAACUCAGCGAGUGCACGGAGAGCCCCGAUGUCCAGGACAGCUCAGAAGACUCGGAUUCCACCGCCUAG